AGCCCCACCCCGCUCCGCCCUUAUAGCCACGGCCUCAAAGCGCGCGCGCCAUUGUGUGGCUGGGAUUCGGCCGCCGUUGUUCCUUCUUCGUCUGUGCGUGUUCUCUUGUUCUCCUUUCCUUUCCUUUCCUUUCCUUUCUCUCCUUCUCUCCUUCCUUUCUUGUCCUUGCCUUCCUAACUACCUCGCACCUGCGACCGCCUCCUUUCCCCCCUCCCCCGCCCACCAGCGGAAAUGCCGCGCGUCUACAUUGGGCGCCUCAGCUACCAUGUCCGCGAGAAAGACAUCCAGCGUUUUUUCAGUGGCUACGGGCGCCUGCUGGAAGUCGACCUGAAAAACGGGUACGGCUUUGUGGAGUUCGAGGACUCCCGCGACGCGGACGAUGCCGUUUACGAGCUGAACGGCAAGGACUUGUGCGGAGAACGAGUCAUCGUGGAGCACGCCCGGGGCCCCCGCCGGGACCGCGAUGGCUAUAGCUACGGCAGCCGUGGUGGAGGAGGAGGAUACAGCAGUCGAAGAGCCACUGGCAGAGAUAAAUAUGGACCACCUGUUCGUACAGAAUACAGACUGAUUGUAGAAAAUCUUUCUAGUCGUUGCAGUUGGCAAGAUUUAAAGGAUUUCAUGAGACAAGCUGGAGAAGUAACAUAUGCAGAUGCUCACAAAGAACGAACAAAUGAAGGUGUAAUUGAAUUUCGUUCCUAUUCUGACAUGAAGCGUGCUUUAGAUAAAUUGGAUGGCACAGAAAUAAAUGGCAGAAACAUAAGGCUAAUUGAAGAUAAACCACGGACAAGCCAUAGGAGAUCCUAUUCUGGAAGCAGAUCUAGAUCCAGGUCUAGGCGAAGGUCUCGAAGUAGGAGUCGAAGAAGCAGCAGAAGUAGAUCCCGUAGUGCCUCAAAAAGUCGUUCCAGAUCCAAAUCUAGGUCUCGAAGCAAAGAUCAUUCACGUUCCCGAUCUAAAGGCAGGAAGUCUAGAUCAAAGAGCAAAUCUAAGGCCAAGUCUGAUCGAGGCUCUAGAUCUCGUAGCAGAUCCAAGGCAAAGUCGGAGAAGUCACAUAGUAGGUCCAGGUCUCCAUCUCCCAAAGAAAAUGGAAAAGGAGAAACAAAGUCAAAAUCAAGAUCAAGAAGCCAAUCUCACUCCAAUUCUCCACAACCUCCACCACCAUCAAAGGCUCGAUCUGAGUCUCCUCCAGUUAAAAGGGCUACAUCAGUAUCUCACUCUAGAUCUCGGUCACGGUCAAGAUCUAGUUCAAGAGAUUAAAAGUCCUGAACUCCUUUGCACAUUUACGGAACACUUUCUUACUUGCCAGGCAAUUCUGUGAUGUUAGUACUUCCAAUGUUGGCCUCUUCUCGGGAGAAAGCCUGAACCAGGGGCAUAAAGGUUUGAUUUGGAAGCAAAAUUAAUGGGGAAAAAUGAGGCUCUAGAGAAAUGGUGACACAAAGCAAGCAAAGACCCCCCCCUUUUGUAGAAAUUAAGCUCUUUGAUUUUAUAGUAUUUCAGCAGUAAUAACUUUUGUAGAGAUUAGGCUUACUUAUGAUUUUUAAGCAUUUCAGCAGGACCUGCUGUUGAAUGAAGUUUUCUUUUUAAAGUAUUAAACUCUCAAAAAAGCUUUAAACUUUUAAAGCUUUAGAGAGGACUCAAGUUUUUUUUUUUGUUUUGUUUUUUU